GAAAUUUUUUUAUUUUUAUUUUUUAUUCCGAGUGAGUGAUGGCUUCCUUCAAAGCCCAUUUGGGGCUCUUCUCUAUGCUCUUAUUCGUACUGUUGUUUCUAGGGUUUAUAGACGUCUCGUUGGGAAAGAAGAGGGCGGUGAGCAUACCGGACGAUCUUGACGACGUGGUCGACGACGAAGAGGACGAAGCGUGGAGAGAGUGGGGGAGGAAAAAGGCCAAGGAGGAGGAGGGAUUCAAGCCGCCUGAUCUCUCCAAGAUGAACCCGAUGGAGAUCCAGGCCGAGAUGCUGAAGCGCCACGUGGGCCCCGCCUUCGGAUUCGUCAAGCUCCGCCUUGGGAUCUCCCGUACCCAGGAGGAAAUUACUACGACUGCUAUGAGGUGGAGCAAGGUUCUCCGUACAGGAUCAGUCGAGGUUAAGUUUAUGGGUGUUGAUCUCAGUACAAUCAUGUUUACCAUAGAGAGAGGGCAGGAUAUAGAAGAGUUGAAAGAAUUUGUUCUGAGCCAGCCAGAAGCAUAUGAGAUGAAGAUAGGGGAGCAAACAUUUCGAAGGCCGGGGGAUCCACCUCUUGAAGAAGUCAUUGAGAUGCUGAGGAGGAAGAGAAAUGGUGACUCUACUUCAGAUCAGCAGCACCCCGAAGAUGAAUUAUAAUCCAGCAAUAUUUCAUGUAUUUCCUUUUCUUGCCUUGACAAUCUAACAAGUUCUCUUAAUGCAAUUUAUCAGUCUCUGCGAAUUGCUUUUUUUCA